AAAAUCUCAAAUUCUCAGGCGAGAUUCCGGAAGCAAAACAUUCCUAAAUUUCGCCAAGUGAUCCGCCAUGGGAGAAGAGAAGUCUCUGCUUCAGUUCCGUAGUAUUUCUUCACCCAGGACCUCUGAUUUCGCUCUCACCGAAGAACCUUCAUGGAGGCUGGAGAACAACGUGUCGUCGAAUCAUCGGGGAGGGAACAAAAGAACCGGUGUUGCUUUUACCAAUUUCGCCUCCCUGUCGGUAGCAAUUAGGAGAGAUCGGAGGGAAUCUACGGUUAACGGUGGAAAUGGCGGCGGAAGCGGAGCUUUCGCGUCGGUUUCGGUGGUGAUUCCGAAGGAAGAGGAUGAAUUCGCGCCUACUUCGGCUCAGCUGUUGAAAAACCCGAUUGCUUUACUGUCGUUUGUACCGAAAGACGCCGCACUAUUCUUCGCUGGAGCGUUCGCCGGAGCCGCCGCAAAGUCAGUGACGGCACCGCUUGACCGAAUAAAGCUCCUAAUGCAGACACAUGGUGUUCGAGCUGGGCAACAAAGUGCUAAGAAGGCUAUUGGUUUCAUUGAGGCGAUUACUCUUAUCGGAAAAGAAGAAGGUCUCAAAGGUUAUUGGAAAGGAAAUCUACCUCAGGUGAUAAGGAUUGUACCUUAUAGCGCAGUCCAGUUGUUUGCAUAUGAAACAUACAAGAAACUCUUUAGGGGAAAAGACGGUCAAUUGUCAGUCCUUGGAAGGCUCGGUGCUGGUGCUUGUGCUGGCAUGACGUCUACUCUGAUUACAUACCCUUUAGAUGUGCUGAGAUUGAGGUUAGCUGUUGAACCAGGUUAUCGAACCAUGUCCCAGGUUGCCUUGAACAUGCUGCGGGAGGAAGGACUUGCAUCAUUCUAUAACGGUCUUGGUCCUUCGCUUUUAAGUAUAGCUCCUUACAUUGCCAUCAACUUCUGCGUCUUUGAUCUGGUAAAGAAAUCUCUGCCAGAGAAGUAUCAACAAAAGACACAAUCAUCUUUGUUAACAGCAGUAGUCGCUGCUGCUAUUGCUACUGGUACUUGCUAUCCAUUGGAUACCAUUAGAAGACAGAUGCAAUUGAAGGGUACUCCAUAUAAAUCCGUAUUAGACGCUUUCUCAGGUAUCAUUGCGCGUGAAGGAGUUAUUGGAUUGUACCGUGGCUUUGUCCCCAAUGCACUCAAAAGCAUGCCAAACAGCAGUAUUAAGCUUACAACAUUCGACAUUGUCAAGAAACUCAUAGCAGCGAGUGAGAAGGAGUUCCAAAGAAUCGCGGAUGAUAACCGGAAGAGAGCAAGUCCUAACACAACCGAUGAACAAACCUGAAGCCGCGAUUUUGGAUUUCCACAAGGUCAUUUUUGCCCGUUAUCUUAUGACCUUUGCUUGUGUGUUUUGUAUUUUGGAAUGUAAUAAGUGUUGUAUUUUCUCCUCAUAAUUCAAAAUGUCCUUGAAUCCUAAAGCCAGAGAGAGAGUAAUAAAUGUCUGUUUGUGUU